AUGCAAUUAAUUUUAGUUAGUUUCAAUUUAUACUAUUAGUCAUUUAUUUUUUUAUAAUCACUAGAUUUAUUUAUGAUGAUCUACUUAUUUUUGAGAUCAUCCAAAUCAGCUUGUAGAUCCAUCACUUCCUCCUUUUUUAUGGAACUCCCUUUAAUUGUAUUAAAUAGAUAUCUUGCUUAUUUUAUUCUAUAAACUUACUUUUCCAAAUACAUACAUCAUCAAUAUUAAAUAUUUCUAUUUAUCUUCUACAUUAGCAAUCGAAUCUUCCAAUUAUGCAUAAAGUUCGGAAAUAUAAUGAUUAGAAUCAUCUAUUUCUUUAUCUUUUUCACUUAACUAUAUUUAUCAUACCCAUCUAUUUUAUGCUAUUUUGUUUUUAUUUUCUCUUACAAUUAUUACAUUUCCUCAUACAAAACUUUUAUUGUAUUAAUUAACUGUUAAAUCAAACUAUAUGCUAAAGAUAAUUCACUCUUUUCAUCUUAACCCUAUUUUUUCUACUGUUAUGUUUAUAAAAUAUUAAUUCUAUUUUGCAGCUCCUACACUUUCAUUUUUAAUAAGGUUGAUGCACUAUUGGUUGAAUUUAAAAUGGAUUUUGAGAAACUACUUUAAUUGUUGGCUAUGAAAUUUAUUAAAAUUAUGUUGAAAAUCCUACUCCAUACGAAGUUUAAGGAAUUUAUUAUCUCAUAAUAUAUAGUGUUCGAAAAGAUUAUCUAAAUAUAAAAUGUAUUUUAUAAGGAUUAAAUUUAAAUUGCUAAAUAAUUACUAUUAACAUUCUAAAACCAAGCAUUAUUGAUGAAACUACAACUAAUAUAGCCAUAUUGA